AUGAGUGACGCGCCUCCAGAAGAGAAGCAACCAGAAAAAGAGGAGAAACAGCCUGAAAAGACAAUGCCAAAUCAUGACACAUCGUCAUCCCAUGAUUCCAGUGACGACGUGGCCACUUCACCUACUCCUCAUACACAACAAGGCGCUCCUACCAUGUCCUCAGAUGCACAACAACCGACGUACAGUAUCAUCUCGAAAUGUGCUGCUGAAUUUGUUGCGUUAAUGGUAUUCGUAUUUGUUGGAUCUGUACAAGGAUUGACCACAUAUGACGGAGUUCUACAUGCAGCACUUUGUCAUGGGAUUGCAAUUUUUGUAUUGGUGGCUGUUUUUGCAAAUGUGAGCGGAGGUCACGUGAAUCCAGCUGUCACAAUUGGAAUUGCUGCUGCGGGAAAAAUCUCACCGAUUGAAGCUGUGUUCUAUAUAAUUGCACAACUUGCCGGUGGAGUUUUAGGCGCAUUCAUAGUUAGGAGUAUCCUCAGCUAUGAUAACUACGUGAUCAUCCAAGGAGGAGCGACGCUAUGUGCCAACGGUGUUCAAUGGUAUCAGGCAUUACUUGCGGAAAUUUUCGCCACAUUUCUUCUCGUUCAAACUGUUCUAGUAACUGCUGUUGAUGGUGCUUCAAAUCUGGCCCCAUUGGCUAUUGGUUUCACGGUCCUCAUGGAUAUUCUUGCCGUGGGUGGCAUUUCCGGAGCAUCUAUGAAUCCUGGACGAUCAUUUGGCCCGAACAUUGUCGCAUCAAUUUUUAUGAGCGAUCAAUUAGCCGACCGUUUCUGGUCAAUGCACUGGGUCUACUAUGUUGGACCAGCGGUAGGAGCUCUCGUUGCCGUGGCUUUAUACAGGGUGUUCUUCGCACGUGAACAUCGACUGCUUAAAUGA